AUGUCUCGCUAUCAGGUUGUAUUUGGAAAGGCAUGUCAUUUACCUGUAGAGAUAGAGCAUCGAGUCUACUGGGCUGUGAAAACUUGCAACUUCUCUGUGGAUCAGGCUGGAGAGGAAAGGAAAUUGCAACUAAAUGAACUUGAUGAGAACUCUAAAUUCUACAAGGAGAAAACCAAGGAGUUCCAUGACAGCUUGAUAGUUAGAAAAGACUUCGUGGUUGGGCAGAAAGUGUUGCUAUACAAUUCUAGGCUCAGAGUCAUGGGUGGUAACUUACUUUCAAAGUGGAUUGGACCUUUUGUUGUUACUAAUGUUUAUUCUUAUGGUACGGUUGAAAUCAAAAGUGAAUCCACGUACAAAAACUUCAAAGUCAAUGGGCACCGGCUGAAGUCUUUUCUCAGCCAUCCUUCCUUGUUGGAUACCGUUGUGAUAACUUUUAAACAAAUGUUUCUUCACAUGUAUUUUGCCAAAUCAUUUAGAAGUUUAAGUAUGACAAAACACAUGUUCUUCCAUUUGUAA